AUGGAGGAUUGGAAUGAGAAACUUACUACAGCUGCUAGGUUUGGAGAUAUAGAAGCCUUAAAAUUAUGUCUAAAGAAUGGUGCAGACAUUAAUAAUCAAGAUAGAUAUGGAGAGACAGCAUUAAUGUUUGCUGCCAUAUAUGGACACCUGGAGAUCUGUCAACUCCCCAAUGAUAGAGGAUGUAAGAUCGACAUCACAAAUGAGAAUGGAAUGACAGCAUUAAUGUUGGCUGCCAAGGAAGGACAGCUGGAGGUGAAUGGACAGACAGCAUUAAUGGAGGCUGCCAGGUGGGGACACCUGGAGAUCUGUCGUCUCCUCAUUGAUAGAGGAUGUAAGAUCGACAUCACAGAUAGAGAUGGAUACACAGCUUUACAUUGGGCUGCUGGGGAGGGACAUUUACAGAUCACAAGAUGUCUAGUAAAACGAGGAGGUGCCAGUACCUUGGUUACAACACAUAAGGGUAAGACUCCAUACGACAUAGCAGCAAAAGGGAUGAACGGACAGUAUAAAGAAGUGAUGGAAUACUUACAGGGUCAAUUCUCUGUUUUCUCUUAA